AUGGCAAUUAAGAAAAAUUACGUUAUCGUUCAGAAGCUUAUGAAUAAGGAGCUUCCUGACAAUGUAUGGUCUCCAACAUUUAGACAAUUUAUAAUGGUAGCAAAACAGAAAGAAACGGAUAUCAUGACCAUACCUCACUUAUUAAAUAUGCUAUCAACAAAAGCAGAUAUAGGCCGCUUUUUCAUCUAUCUUAUUUACCAGAUGUUGAUCCUUAAUACUCUGGGUUUAGUGAUAUCAUUUUGCUUUUCCGAAGAUGCUGCUCAUGGUUUAUUACUGAAAUAUCGACGUAAUGCAGCAGCAUUUUAUUGUUGUAUUUGA